GAAAGCUGAUGCAAAUCAAUUUAACCGGUUUUCUCAACGGCAAGAAAGCGCGUGAAUUUAUGGGCGAUCUCUGGACUCUAUUGAUCAGCGCUCAGAACUCUGCCGACGGUAUUCCCGAAGAGAUGGUCACUCAGAAGAAGGAAGAGAUUAAGAGACGAGAGGCUGAAGAACUGAAAAACGCGAGCGAAGAGAAAGCGAAGAAUGGGAAACCUUUUGGCAGAUCGUCACCGAAUCGGCGCAGAUCUCGUUCCCGAUCGCCCGCCCGAAGGAACUCACGCUCUCCGCGGAGACGAUCGCCGAUAUCGCGAAGCCGUCGGAGUCGGUCUCGUAGUCCGCGCGGACGGAAACCUCCGCCCAAAAGGGAAUACUUAGCGAAGAGUACUUCGCGAUCGAAAAGUCGUUCUAAGAGUAGGUCGCGUUCACCCGCGCGAAGACGUUUCGUGAGUCCCAGCAAAGGGUCGGCGAAGAACGCGUCGCCACAGAAAGAGUCGUCAAAAUCUCGCACUCCUUCACCGAAAAGAAGUACGAGUUCUGCGCCGAGUUCUCGAUCGCCGUCUCCGGCACUCAAACUAAAACCAGAUCCCGAGGAAAGUGUAGUAAAACCCAAAGUGAACGACACUAACAGUAAUCCAUCGCCUGAUAAGAAACGUCAAUACAGAGGA